UAGAAGAAAAUACAAAAAAGGAAGAGGGAAUUGCAUGCAUUUCCUCAUCUUCUCUCUAAAUUACGUGUGAGAACAAAAUCAAUUCCAAUGCCCAGCAACUUCAUAUCCCAAAAUCAUUUCCUUAAAUUUAGCAUUGCGAAUUUGAUUUUUAUCCGCAUUCUUCAUCACCAGAAGCGAAGAUUUGAUCAUUAACUCCAUUUUCUGCACGCACUUUUGAUUUAAUUUUUGCUCCUCAGUUGCAGUUUUCCGCGAUUUUAUUCGUGAAAUUCAUCCAUUUUAUCCAAGGAGUUUUUGGAAGGAUAACCAAUUUAUGCGUUUCCUUUUUUAAAUUUACGUUUUUUUCGGUCGUCAAUUUGUUUCCGCCCAAAUUCAAUUUUAGAUUGUGUUUUUGCCUAAUGUUCGCUGAUUGUUCGCGGUUGUUUCCUUUUAAGCUCGAUCGUCUACAAAAUCAAACAAUUUCGGAUCAUUCUUCAUGCUGAAAUAUGAACCUUCUGGUCCGCGUAAGCGAAGCCAAAAAUUUGCCUCCGAUGGAGUCGAGCGGCUUUACCAAUCCGUAUGUGAAGCUAGAAUUGGGGCGGCUGGCGUUCAGGAGCAAAGCUGUGAAGAAAUGCCUGGAUCCGUCGUGGUCCGAGGAAUUCAUAUUUGAAGUGGACGACUUGAAAAGGAAGCUUGUUGUAUCUGUUUUGGAUGAAGAAAGGUGUUUCAAUAAUGAUUUUGUUGGGCAGAUUAGAGUGCCUGUAGCUUGGGUUUUCGAGGCAAAGGAUCAAUCCCUUGGCACUUCUUGGUACACUCUGCAUCCCAAGAGCAAUAAUGCCAAGAACAAGGAUUGUGGUGAAAUUCUUCUCACCAUUUAUUUGUUGCAAAAGAAUACGCCAUUAGACAUGCCACCCACCAGUGAUUCUGCAAUGUUGUCAAGAAAAUAUGCUGAUUCUCUGCAUGAUUCCCCCUCAAUCUCAAUGUCUUCCUCAUUGGCAUCUUCUCCUAUGAGAUUAGAGGAAGAUGUCCCGUUGAAAGAAGCAAAGGUUAAUGCGCCAACAUUAGCUGGUCGAAUUGCAAAAAUUUUCAAUAAGAAUGUAGAGCCAACAGCCAUUAGCUCUAUUGAAACUAGUGAUGCAUCAGAGGCUGAAAGUAAUGAUUCAUUGAGUCUAGAGAGCAAGUGUGUGGAACCUUCGUCAUCAGUUGAUUUCGAAGAACUAAUGAGAAGUUUGGAGACGAGAGAACAGAGUGGUGAAGUUCCAAGUUGUUUACCUGGAGGAGUAGUUCUUGAUCAAUUAUAUGCAAUAACUCCUCGUGAAUUGAACUCCACACUCUUUUCUCCAGAUUCAAGCUAUUUCAAGUCUUUUGCGGACAUGCAAGGAUCAACUGAUUUACAAGUAAAAGCAUGGGAAUUCGAUAAUAAUGGUGAGAGCCUAAAACGACUGGUGUCAUACGUUAAGCCACCAACCAAAAUGGUUAAAGCUUUGAAAGCCACAGAGGAGCAAACAUAUUUGAAAGCUAAAGGUGGGACGUUUGUUGUUUUGGUCGUUGUGAGCACCCUGGAUGCUCCAUAUGGCAAAACUUUUAAGAUAGAAUUGCUUUACUGCAUAACUCCUGGUCUAGAGCAGCCAUCGGGGGAGCAAUCUUCCCAACUGGUUGUUUCGUGGAGAAUUAACUUCUCGCAGAGCACCAUGAUGAAAAGUAUUAUUGAAAAUGGAGCAAGACAAGGCAUAAAAGAAAAUUUUGAUCAGUAUGAGAAGUUUCUGUCCCGCAGCGUAAAGCCCCUUGAUCUUAAAGAUAUAAGUUCUGAGAAAGACCAACUUAUGGCAUCUCUUCAGGUAGAGCAUCACUCUGAAUGGACAUUGGCAGUUCAAUAUUUCGCCAAUUUCACAGUAGUCUCGGCUAUUUUCACGUGGUUAUAUCUGCUCACACACUUAUGCAUGGUUAUGCCUAGCAAAGUUCAGGGUCUUGAGUUUGUUGGUUUAGACUUGCCUGAUUCCGUUGGUGAGAUCAUAGUAAGUAUUUUGUUGGUUCUGCAAGGAAAACAGGUGCUGAAGUUAGUGUCCCGCUUCAUGCAAGCGAGAGCACAGAAAGGAAGUGAUCAUGGAAUCAAAGGAAAAGGAGAUGGGUGGUUGCUAACGGUUGCCUUAAUUGAAGGAAGCAAUUUGGAAGCACCUAACUCAACUUCAACGUCAUCUGAUCCUUAUGUGGUGUUUACUUGCAACGGGAAUAGAAGAACCAGCUCUAUCAAGUUUCAAAAAUCAGAACCUCUUUGGAAUGAAAUCCUUGAGUUUGAUGCUAUGAAUGAGCCUCCAUCUAGGUUGGACGUGGAAGUGUUCGAUUUCGAUGGGCCUUUUGUUGAACCCUCAUCUCUUGGGCAUGCUGAAAUUAAUUUCCUGAAAACUAGUGUUUCCGACUUAUCUGAUGUCUGGAUACCUCUACAAGGAAAGUUGUCUCAAGCAUGUCAGUCAAAGAUACACUUAAGAAUUUUCUUGAACAGUACUAAGGCUACUAAUAGUUUCCAAGAGUAUAUAGCUAAGGUGGAGAAGGAGGUUGGCAAGAAGAUAAGAUUACGGUCUCCUCAGACAAAUUCAACAUUCCAGAAGCUUUUUGGGCUGCCCCCGGAGGAAUUUCUCAUCAAUGACUUCUCCUGCUACCUGAGACGUAAAAUGCCUCUCCAGGGCCGUCUGUUUCUUUCAGCAAGAGCGGUCGGGUUCCAUGGAGAUAUAUUUGGUCAGAAGUCGAAGUUCUUAUUUCUCUGGGAAGACGUGGAAGAUAUUCAACGCAUCCCUCCCACUCUAUCAUCAAUGGGAAGCCCUGUCAUCAGCGUGAUUCUAAAGCCUGGAAGAGGAACUGAUGCACGGCAUGGAGCACGGUCACUAGAUGCAAAAGGCAGGCUGGGGUUUCAUUUUCAUUCUUUUGUAUCUCUCAAUGUUGCCCACAGAACAAUGUUGGCACUCUGGAGGGCAAAAACCUUGCCACCUAAACAGGACGAGAUGAUACCAGAAAAAGAAUCUGAAGCAAAUGAUGUCCGUGCUUCUGAAGAUGAGUCUGUCUCUGAAACCAUUCAAGCUGCAGAGGAGGAACUUGAAGUUCAUUGCGAUUUGAUAGAAGACAAUGACUCCGAUGCUAAAAUCACCCAGACUGAGGAGACCGCUUCUUUUCUGGGAGUUGAUGAUGUUAAUGUGUCCACGGUUUAUUCUUCCAUCCUACCACUUCCGAUUAGUUUCUGCAUGGAAUUGUUCGGAGGAAGAGAAAUUGAGGAAAGGGUGAUGGAGAGAGCAGGAUGCCUUAACUACUCUCACAGCCCUUGGGAAUCUUAUAAGGCAGACGUGCAUCAGAGACAGCUGUACUAUAAGCUUCAAAAAUGCAUACCUCUCUACAAAGGGGAAGUCGCGAGUACUCAGCAAAAGCUUCGCCUCUCUGUUAAAAAUGGUUGGCUCAUCAAGGAACUCAUGAAUCUCCAAGGCCUCCCACUCGGUGACAAUUUUUCCCUUCACUUAAGGUAUCACAUCGAGGAUCUCCCUGCGAAGUAUGCAGCGUGUAGUGUUCAAGUGAACCUCGGCGUUACAUGGCUGAAAUACACCAGAAACCAGAAACGAAUCACAAAAAAUAUCACUUCGAUUCUAAAGAAGCGUGUGAAGCUUGUGUUUAGCAUAUUGGAGAAGGAAUACAUUGCAAAGUCAUAGACAUAUAUGUCAAAAACGUCUACCAUUAUUAUGAAGCAAUGAUAUAUACCAAUAUACCAUGAGUGAUAUGGAUAGAUAACUCCAUAUUAGAGGCUAAUGUAAUAUUGUGUACAAAAUUCAAAAAACUUUGUUAGUAAAAUAUGCUUAAUGGA